CAGCAUAUUUUUCUUCACAUGUCAAGCUUGUCGCUUCGUGAAGUCAAGCUUUGUCUUCUUGGCGAUGCUGGCGUCGGCAAGUCGAGUCUCGUGCUGCGGUUUGUCGCAGACUCGUUCAACGAAAACUCGGAAAGCACAAUUGGCGCUUCGUUCAUGUCCAAGACGCUCAUUGUUGAGGACCAGACAUUCAAAUACCAAAUCUGGGACACGGCAGGCCAGGAGAAGUACCGUGGAUUGGCCCCGAUGUACUACCGAAAUGCGGCGGCAGCAAUCAUCGUGUACGAAAUCACGCGCAAGCAGAGCUUUGAGGCGCUCAAGCACUGGGUCAAGGAGCUCCGCCAGUUCGGGCCCUCCAACAUCAUCCUGGCUAUUGCAGGCAACAAGUCGGAUCUCGAGUCACAGCGCCAAGUCUCCAGCGACGAGGCCAAGGAGUACGCCGACUCGAUUGACGCCCUCUUUGUCGAAACCAGUGCCCUCACGGCCGACAACGUCAGCUAUUUGUUUGAAGCACUAAGUAAACGACUCCCACAAGAAUCAAUCGCACAACCAAAGCCGGCUUCGACGGUGCAACUCGUUGACGAGACGCCCAACAAGCCAAAGAAUGAAAAGUGUGGAGCGUGCUAGAUCAGAAUUCGGAACGUUGGCGCAGCUUGUUCCCCAGAGCAUGUUUUUUUGUUUGUGAUUCUGUUUGUAUUGAGCGAGUCUCGCUUGGUAUAUUCUUUUGUUAGCAUGCAAUCUAUAUCAGCAUUUGCCAGUGCAGUGUCGCUUCACGCUCCAUGAAAAUGCUUGAAC